AUGUCGAUCGUCACAUGGCGAGCACACGCGACUUCCUUCCCUUGGACGCUCGUCAAGUCAGCGCAGACCAUCGCCGACAUGACAUUGGCAUCGUCGGCUCCGCCCGACCGGACCAACUGCAUUCCCCGGAGCGACAUGAAGCGGACGGCACUCGUCGGCGGUCGACCCUACCAUGGCGAAGCCGUGGGAAUUGAGACAUCGGCAUCAUCUUACCAUUGUGAUGGUCAAGAAAUCCCCCCCAUGGAGCUGGUGUGGUGA